AUGUCACGUGACCUGGCCGUGUUGCCGUCUCAGCCCACCGCGCUGGCAAGUGCGCACAACUCAGCGCUGUCAAGUACGCCCAGCGCCGCGCUCGCAAGUGCGCGCAUCAACGCGCAAAUCCCCGCGCUCACCGUCAUAAACUGCCCCCAGCACUCGAAGUGCCCGCCCGCCGCCCUCAGCUUUCGUCUCUGCCGUUUGCCCGGUCCCAAGCGCGAGCCGCCAACGCGGUCGCGCUCGGCGCAGCUUCCACCCCGCCCCUGCCGUCUGCCCUUCCCCGAGCGCGAGCCGCCAACGCGGUCGCGCUCGACGCCGAUUCCGCUCGCCCACCCGCCUUCCGCCCAGCGCCAGCCGCGAGCCGCCAAUGCGGUCGCGCUCGGCACUGCUUCCACCCCCGCGCCUGCCGUCUGCCCAUCCCCGAGCGCGAACCGCCAAUGCGGUCGCGCUCGGCGCUGCUUCAACCCCCCGCGCCUGCCGUCUGCCUCGAGCGCGAGCCGCCAACGCGGUCGCGCUCUGCGCAACUUCCCUCCCCUACCGCCGCCCAGCCCCGGGUACUGCGCCAACGCGCUUGCCCCUGGCUUCGCGACCGCGCUCGCGCUCGCUCUUUGCGCAGCAGGUCCUGAGUGCAUACAGGCUCUGCCCGCGGUCGCUCUGUCCAAGCGGCCCGCCCCACCCCCGAAGGACGUCCCCGAGUGUGCCCGAGUGCCGCCCCCGCAGACGGGCACGAUCGCCCAUGCUCUCCGUCCAGCAGCCACCCGUCACCUUCCCACCCCGCAACUCGCCAUGCCCUCCGCCAAUGUCGCCAAAUUCUCGCGGUGGCUCAAGAUCAGCUCGGCAGCUUUGCCCCGCGCCUUGUCCCAGGCGCCUGCGGCCGCCCCCGAUGCGGCACGCCGAACCCAAGGCGAUCUUGGACGUCACCUCGAGCUCGUAUGCCCCGCACCAUCACCACCAGCACGUCCCACAAAUAGGCGGAUCUCGGACGUGGUGCUUCUGGCGCGCCUCACCCGCUCUUCGACCCGCGCAAGGACGACCUCGUCCAAUUGA